GAAUCAUGGUGAUGUUCAAGAAGAUCAAAUCUUUCGACGUGGUCUUCAACGACCCCGACAAGGUGUACGGCAGCGGGGAGAAGGUGACGGGCCGGGUGGCCGUGGAGGUGUGCGAGGUCACCCGAGUCAAGGCCGUGCGCAUCCUGGCCUGCGGGGUGGCCAAGGUCCUCUGGAUGCAGGGCUCGCAGCAAUGCAAGCAGACCCUGGACUACCUGCGCUAUGAAGACACUCUCCUGCUGGAGGAAGAGCCCGCAGGUGAGAAUGAAAUGGUGAUUAUGAGGCCUGGAAACACAUAUGAAUACAAAUUUGGCUUCGAGCUUCCUCAGGGACCUCUGGGCACAUCCUUCAAGGGAAAAUACGGAUGUGUGGACUACUGGGUGAAAGCUUUUCUGGAUCGUCCCAGCCAGCCUACUCAAGAGAUCAAGAAGAACUUUGAAGUGAUGGAUCUAGUGGAUGUCACCACUCCUGAGUUACUGGCACCUGUGUCUGCAAAGAAAGAGAAGAAAGUUUCCUGCAUGUUCAUUCCUGAUGGAAGGGUGUCUGUGUCUGCCCGAAUUGACAGGAAAGGCUUCUGUGAAGGUGAUGAGAUUUCCAUUCAUGCUGACUUUGAGAAUACGUGUUCCCGAAUUGUGGUUCCCAAGGCUGCCAUUGUAGCCCGUCACACCUACCUUGCCAAUGGUCAAACCAAGGUUCUGACCCAGAAGCUGUCAUCGGUCAGAGGCAACCAUAUUAUCUCAGGGACCUGUGCUUCAUGGCGUGGCAAGAGCCUCCGGGUACAGAAGAUCAGGCCUUCUAUCCUGGGUUGCAACAUCCUUCGAGUUGAAUAUUCCUUACUGAUCUAUGUGAGUGUUCCUGGGUCCAAAAAAGUCAUUCUUGACCUUCCUUUGGUAAUCGGCAGCAGGUCAGGACUUAGCAGCCGAACGUCCAGCAUGGCCAGCAGAACUAGCUCUGAGAUGAGCUGGGUAGAUCUGAACAUCCCUGACAUGCCAGAAGCUCCACCUUGCUAUAUGGACAUCAUUCCUGAAGAUCACAGACUGGAGAGCCCCACCACUCCCCUGCUAGAUGACACAGAUGGCUCUCAAGACAGCCCUAUUUUUAUGUAUGCUCCUGAAUUCAAAUUCAUGCCACCACCCACAUACACUGAGGUGAAUCCCUCCAUCCUGAACAACAAUGUGCAGUGAACACAAGGAAGAAAAAAGCAGCAGCUAGCUGUGCCUACUCAUUUCUUCUGCCUCUCCUUUUUCAGAGACUAUACAGUCUCUACAAUGGGGUUCUGGGUCCACCCCGCCUCUUGAGUUCCCCCGAUGUUGGAGGUGACCAACAGGCAAUCUCCUGUGCCUUAAAGGGUGUUCACCCAUCCUCCACCAGUGAGAUGUGCGCCAUGAGGGUUUUGCUUUUGGAUGGGUUUUAAAGCAGUACAAAAGCUCAAGACCCAUCACCAUUCCUCAGAUUCUUGAAAACUUUCAAGGCAUUUUCAGUAAUUAUGAGUAAGGAGUAGAAAUUAUCCGGAAAGGUCUUCCCAACACUUUUUAAAAGGGACGGUAAAUUGUACCAACAUGUAUCUUGAACUUCUGUAUUACGCAGCACAAAGCAGUUUUAGCAAGUGGGGGGGAAAAAAAGAAAAGGAAAGAAAACAAAGGCUAAAACUUGUGGGGAAAGAAGGUGUUCUAGUCAGUAUUGCCCUUUGUAUACGAUUACAGAAAGAAGGAAAAACCCUCCAGGGCUGAUUGGGUGUGGACUUUGGAGAGAGCUUCCCAGGUGAAUUCAAGGGAAGAUUAUGUCGGUUAUCUUUGCUUAGAAUGUACUUGAUGCAGUCUUCAAGCAAUAGUAAUUAAAACCCACCAACAAACUUAAGCCAAUUUCAGAGCUUUCUGCACUGUUCUGUUGCAAAUUUUUUUUUUUUUCGUGGGAAAAUGUGUUUCUGGAUUUUUUUUUCAUGUGACUCCUUGGAAUUGAUUCCAAGGUGAUGUUCUUUGCACUUUGUUCUGUAAGCAGUUUUUUUUGGUCCUGUCAGAAUUAUAAGUUAAAACUAGUUUAUCCCUCUAGGAGUUAAGCACAAUGACCAAAAAAAAAAGUGUUAUUACUUUGGAGACUGUGUCCGAAUGUCUAGAAUUCUGUAAUUCUGACACUUAUCAGAGGAGAAAGGGUGCUGCCAUCACUGACUUCUUCAAACCCAAGGAGGACUCGAUGGAGACAUGAAGACACUGCUUAAGUCUUCCACAGUACCGUGAGAAACUUGAGGGCAUGUCUGCCAGGAGUAGCCUGAGCCCCCUUUCAGUGUUGGCAGCCGUGACACCAGCCUGCAACCCCGGCACUUGGUCAGUCACUACCUUCAGCCUUAGCACUUUGUUCACUGUCCUGUGUCAGAGCACUGAGUUCCAGCCUUCCUGAGAAAAAUGUGGACUGAAGGUGGUUUUACUUUGUUUUGUUUUGUUUUUUUAAUUGUUUAUCUUUUUGUAUGAUAAAAACUAUUUUGUAUAUAACUAGAUAUAUUUUCACCCCAGGUGGGGUUAUUCUUUAUACAAAAAAUUUAAAUAAAGUUUUUUUA